AUGGACGUUUCUGACUUGCUUCGGGCGGGCGCCUCUAAACAAAAAUCGAUUCAAGUUGAGAAGGGCAUUCCCCUUGACAUCGACAUUGCCUAUCUAACGGCAACCGAUCCCAACCCAAUGGAUGAGGAGGAGUACAAAAAUGAACGGGAAGAAUAUUUACAUUCAAUGGCUCGGGAGAACGCGCAACUGCUCAUCAACCACCUUUUCUCGUUACCCGUCACAUCCUCACCGGACGGUCCCAUUGCCCAGCUUCCUCCUCCCACCACUAGCUUACCUCGCGCAAAGCCCUUACCUAAACCUAAGCCGCCAACAAGAUGGGAGAAAUUCGCUGCUGCAAAGGGCAUCCAGAAAAAGAGGAGGGAGAACAAGGUGUGGGACGAGGAGAAGCAAGUGUUCAGGGAUCGUUGGGGCCGGGGAGGCAAGAACAAGGAGCUGGAAGAGCAAUGGCUAGUCGAGGUACCCCAGAACGCACCGAUGGACUAUGACCCGGUUAAGGAGGCGCGUGAUGCGAAGACGAAGCGCAUUGCGAAGAAUGAGGGUCAGCGGUUGAAGAAUAUUCAACGGGCCGCACGCGCCAAAAGCUCCACUUCCCAGCUUAACCCGGGACAGGAGAGAGAAAAGCUCAAAGUGCAGCUUGACAGGGAUCUCGCUCAGACUCGUGUCAGCACUGCCAGCAUGGGCAAGUUUGACAAGAAGUUCGAAGGCGAAGCGAAGCUGCGUGGUGUGAAACGCCAAUUCGACCCGAAUGAGAAGUCUGUUGAAGCUGAGAAAGCGACUUCCCUUGCAAUUAUGUCUAAGCUGGACACCGGCAGACCGUCGAAGAGGUCUAAAGGAGACAAUGAUGACGUGCUGAAUGUGCGAAAGGCAAUUCGUCACGAAAGUCGGAAGGGCGGGCAACCUCGCAGGGAUAGCCAGGGACGAGUGAAGAGGAAGUAGUUAACCCGCCCAAUUCCGUUCGCGUUAUUUCUCUAUGUCGUACGACCGCGCAUUGUUCUACA